ACUUGACAUUGACCUUACGUACGACGAUACACCGCCACCUUGAGGGAGGUAACGCCAUCUAUGUGAUACACUAGUGUCUUGUGUCGUAUGUAAACCUUCAGGACUCCAGGCGAUACAUCGGCAUACAGAAAGGGAACUUGGUUGCAUACUUGGCGUAUUCAUCCCUUCAGUAUCAAUCCGGUACAAGAUGGCGUGUGGCAAGGGUGUGAACGUUCUCGUCUACAUCUUCAUUAUUCUAUUUGGGGUGUCUUCGUGGGUGGACAUCAAUGGCAUGUGGGUGGAGCUUCCCAUCAUGGUCCAGAAGCUCCCAGAGGGUUGGAAUCUACCCUCGUUCAUGGUUGUCCUAACCCAGCUGGCAAACAUUGGACCCUUGCUCUACGCAGUUGUUGCCCACCGCGUUCCGGAGAAGGUCGUAAUCUACAUCAUUAUUGCCAUAGGAGCAAUAGCCUGUCUGUUACUGGUGUUUUAUGGGAGGCUACUACAACUGUGCUGGACUUUUCCUGGACUUAUUGGCCUUGCUCAAGGCGCUGGACGCAUCGUCUGCCGCAACAUCACAACGUUCAACGUCACCGUCAACGGAUCAGUAUCUUCCAUAAAGCCCGAUUUCAUGGAUGAAAAUUUCUCCUUUGAAUUGUUUAUGUCUAUAAUCAGUGGGAUUAUUGUCAUUUCUGGAAUAUCAUUUACCUUUCUCAUUUUUCAUCCAAUGAGCAAAAAGGAAUAUGUCAAGAAUCAAGAAAGUGGGGAGAAACUAUCCCCUUUAAAGACGACUGAGAAUCCAGAAGACUUGUGUGUAAAUGGGGAACAUGCUGAAGAGGAAAGUGCAAUACCACUCACUGCGCAGGAGAAGCUGCAGACGACGGAACCCGACCAGGAAACCCACGUCAAACGUUUUGGACGAAAAUUAUACCUGCUCGCGUUGGUUGGUUGGGUGAACUGUUUGAGGAAUUCGGCGCUGUUGGCAGUUCAGUCCUUCUCUUGUCUACCUUACGGUGUAACCCAGUACCAUCUGGCUGUAACUCUGGCAAAUCUAGCCAAUCCAUUAGCUUGUUUCUUUGACCUUUUCGUCCAUGUCACUUCCGUUCCUGCGCUGUCCUCUCUGACUCUGCUGGGAUCUCUUUUCGGGGCGUACAUCAUGGCGGCAGCUGUCAUGAGUCCGGUUCCAGUUCUUGUAGGAACAUUGGCUGGAUCAAUCUUGAUUGUGUCGGCGUGGGUGGUCUGCAUCUUCAUCCUCACCUACGUCAAGGUGUCACUGGCGUCGCUCUUCAGGGUGGAAGGCAAGAAAGGCCUGCUUCACUGCGGAGUGGCAACACAAGUCGGCUCUGCCAUUGGUGGCGUCCUGAUGUUCGUCCUCGUCAACGUUUUGAAUCUCUUCAAAUCUGUCGACCCUUGCUCUUGAUUUUAACAACAGGGAAGCAUGUAUUUGUUACAGGACGUUGGAGCACAUAUGUUGUAGCCCAUUACCAAUAUAAUAUCCACUGUCUUCCUGCGUCACCUUCCGCAUACAAAAUUAUCUGGUAUCUGAAAGGUCAAAGUCGUGAAAGAGUGAGUGAGUGAGUAUGGUUCUACGACGCUUUAAGCAAUAUUCCAGCAAUAUCACGGCGGGGGACACCAGAAAUGGGCUUCACACAUUGAACCCAUGUGGGUAAUCGAACCCGGGUCUUCAGCGUCACGAGCGAAAGCUUUAACCACUAGGCUACCUCACCGCCCAGAAACAUCAUGAAACAGACCACGUAACAUUAACUGAUGAUAUUCAUGAAGUCUUGGUGCAACCUUUAGGUUCUCUAAAUCGUAGCAAAAUUAUGGAUGCGGCAUAAACAACUUUCACUCACUCACUCUAAAUUGUAGCAAACAUCGUCUGUGUCCCCCACGUUUCACCACAUCCAGGACAAAUGUGUUAUAUUUGUAUUCAUUUCUAUCCAAAAUUCACUAUCAUCGGAAAUAUUCAAAACAUCCUUAGCCGAUAUCUCACGUCUUAUAUACAAGUAGGAUGGAUUGCCUUCAUCUUGUUCGCGAUUUCGGUCACAUGAUAUGCAAUACCGUGUAUGCUCGCAUGUUCCCUUGAUUUGCAUGGGAAUAACACCGCAUUUGUUUUGUUUUGCCUGUAUUACCAUCAUGAAAUCUAAUCCUUCACCGUGAUACAAUAUUUGUAAUGAAUUUCGGUAUCUAUACAUAUUCACACUCGAUGAUAUUAAUAUAUUUGUUAUAUACAGUACACACCUCCUCUUUACUGUGUUGGGUGCACUGGCGAACAUGAGAAUGGAGUGACCUUCAAUUCACACUGAUUGAUGAAACGGGCACGGGUGACUUUGAUGAACAAGGUGCCGCAGUUUCCUGCACAGAGUUCUGUCCCUUAGGGGAGCAGGAAUUAGGACUAAGGCAGUGGGUUCGCAUUGAUUAUGAUAUUAGCUUCAUCAACACUGUGUCCGUACAUUUGCAGUGAUGUGGGAUAUCCUCUCUCUCGUCAAGCUCACACGCUGUCCUGUGUCUGAAAUACUGUUCCAAGCCGUUAUAUACUCACUCGCUCAGUUAUUCAACCAUUCGCUCCGCAGUAUGACUUGAAGCACUUGAUACUGUGGAAGAUACGAGUAUGAGAGAUAUUGUGAAUCAGUAUGUGAGUGAGUGAGUUGGGUUUUACGCCGAUUUUAGCAAUAUUCCAGCAAUAUCACGGCGGGGGGACACCAGAAAUGGGCUUCACACAUUGUGCCCAUGUGGGGAUUCGAACCCGGGUCUUCAGCGUCACGAGCUGACGCUUUAACCAUUAGGCUACCCCACCGCCCUGAAUCAGUAUGUGAAAUAGAUACUGUUUAAUGAUUGUUUAGUCUGGUCCUUUCCUACGGCCAUGAAUGAAUGAUUUGAUUUCAUUUAUAUUCCAUUGUGAAUCAUUCUGUGAAAUAAAUAUUGUUGAAUGA